AUGCAGAGGAGAUCCAAAAUGGGAUUGUUGAUGAGAAAUUUUCUAGUUUUAUUUUGUUGGAUGAUUUUAGCUGUAAAUGCAGAAGAAUACAUUACAUAUAAAGAUCCAAACAAGCCCUUAAACAGAAGAAUCAAAGAUUUAAUGAAAAGAAUGACUUUGGAGGAAAAAAUUGGGCAAAUGAUACAAAUUGAUCGUACUGCUGCAACUCCAGAGGUUAUGAACAAGUACUACCUAGGGAGUGUGUUGAGUGGUGGAGGAAGUGUGCCAAAGAAAGAAGCAUCAGCAGAAGAUUGGAUUGAUAUGAUAAAUGGUUUUCAAAAAGGUUCAUUAUCAACUAGACUUGGGAUACCUAUGAUUUAUGGAAUUGAUGCUGUUCAUGGCAACAAUAAUGUCUAUAAAGCUACAAUUUUUCCUCACAAUGUUGCUCUUGGAGUAACAAGGGAUCCUCAAUUGGUGAAGAAGAUUGGAUCUGCAACUGCAUUAGAAGCUAGAGCAACUGGAAUUCCAUAUGUUUUUGCUCCUUGUCUUGCGGUUUGUAGAGAUCCAAGAUGGGGCAGAUGUUAUGAGAGUUAUAGUGAAGAUCCAAAUAUUGUUAGGUCAAUGAGUGAAAUGGUGCCUGGAUUACAAGGAGAUAUACCUUCUAAUGGUAGAUUAGGAGUCCCUUUUGUUGCCAACAAGCAAAAAGUGGCUGCUUGUGCUAAGCAUUAUGUAGGAGAUGGUGGGACAGUAAAAGGAAUCAAUGAAAACAAUACAAUUAUUGAUAGACAUGGUUUGCUUAGUAUACAUAUGGCAGGUUACUAUAGUUCAAUCAUCAAAGGUGUUUCUACUGUCAUGGUUUCCUAUUCAAGUUGGAAUGGUCUCAGAAUGCAUGCAAAUAAAGAAAUGGUUGCUGGUUUUCUUAAAGGCACACUUAGAUUCAGAGGGUUUGUUAUUUCAGAUUGGGCAGGAAUUGAUAAGCUUACUUAUCCUUGGCGUACAAACUAUACAUAUUCCAUUCUUGAAGGUGUCAAUUCUGGCAUUGACAUGGUUAUGCUGCCCUACAACUAUACAGAAUUCAUUGAUGGUUUAACAUAUUUAGUGAACAACAACUUUGUUCAAAUGACUCGAAUCGAUGAUGCAGUCAAGAGAAUUCUCAGGGUGAAGUUCCAAAUGGGACUCUUUGAGAACCCUCUUGCUGAUUAUAGUUUGACGAAAUAUCUUGGAAGCCCGGAACAUAGAGAAUUGGCAAGAGAAGCAGUGAGAAGGUCACUUGUUUUAUUGAAAAAUGGAGCAAAUGCAGAUGAACCAGUUUUGCCACUUCCAAAAAAAGCAACAAAUAUAUUAGUUGCAGGAGCCCAUGCUAACAAUAUGGGCUACCAAUGUGGUGGAUGGACCAUUACAUGGCAAGGACUUAGCGGAAACACAACAACUGGUACUACAAUCCUCUCAGCCAUAGAGAACACAGUUGAUCCAGAAACAAAGGUUGUGUACAAGGAAAAUCCAGAUAGCGAAUUCGUAAAGUCCAACAACUUCUCCUACGCUAUAGUCGUGGUGGGAGAGACCCCAUACGCGGAAGGUUCUGGUGACAGCCUAAACUUAACAAUCCCCGCGCCUGGUCCAGACAUCAUGACCACGGUAUGUGCCUCGGUGAAAUGUGUCGUUGUGCUUGUCACGGGCCGUCCGGUCGUGAUCCAGCCCUACAUAGCACAAAUGGAUGCACUAGUAGCAGCUUGGCUACCAGGAACAGAAGGACAAGGUGUAGCUGAUGUCCUGUUUGGUGAUUAUGGUUUUACUGGAAAACUAGCAAGGACUUGGUUCAAGACUGUUGAUCAACUCCCUAUGAAUGUUGGUGAUUCACAUUAUGACCCUUUGUUCCCUUUUGGAUUUGGACUUACCACAGAACCUGUCAAGGCCUAAAACAACUGUUUUUUUUUUACACACAAACAAACAACAAGAGGUCCAAAUAUACAACAACUAUUAUGUUACCAAUUUAUGAUAUGAGUUUAGUGCAAAGAUUGAAUAUGUAAAAGAGGCAAUGUUGUUAAAGAAUUUGAUAAGUGGAGUAAUGGAAAUGGAACUCUUUUUGCUUUGUUA